AUGUCGCGGUUCCAUGUUGGAGGGAAGGUGGUGGAUUCUGUUGAUUUGUUGAAGAAGAAGCACUGGGGUUGGCGUCUGGAUGUAUGGCCUUUUGCCAUGCUCUAUGGUCUCUGGCUGAUCGUUAUUGUUCCUAGCAUCGACUUUGUCGACGCCGCCAUAGUUCUCGGUGUCUUCUUUGCUCUCCAUGUCUUAGUCUGGCUUUUCACUGCUUGGUCUGUUGAUUUCAAAUGCAUCGCACACUAUUCUAAGGUUAACGAUAUUCAUCAGGCGGAUGCCUGCAAGAUAACUCCUGCGAAAUUCUCUGGCUCAAAGGAAGUUGUACCACUGUAUAACCGUGAACAACUGGCAGGAUCUUCAACCCUGGAUGAUGGGAAGGAGAUUUUCUUUGAUUUUAGAAAGCAACACUUCAUUUAUUCAAAGGAGAGGGAGACCUUUUGCAAGCGUCCAUAUCCUACUAAGGAGAACAUCGGUUACUAUCUUAAAAGUUCUGGCCAUGGCUCAGAAGCUAAAGUCGUUUCUGCUUUUGAAAGAUGGGGACGAAAUGUAUUUGAAUAUCCUCAGCCAACGUUCCAAAAAUUAAUGAAAGAGCAAUGCAUGGAGCCCUUCUUUGUAUUUCAGGUUUUCUGCGUGGGUCUUUGGUGUUUGGAUGAGUAUUGGUAUUACAGUUUGUUCACCCUAUUUAUGCUAUUCAUGUUUGAGUCAACUAUGGCAAAAACGCGAUUGAAAACUCUAACUGAGCUGAGGCGUGUCAGAGUGGAUAGCCAGACAUUAAUGGUUCAUCGUUGUGGGAAGUGGGUGAAGCUGUCUGGGACCGAUCUUUUGCCUGGGGAUGUUGUCUCCAUUGGUCGUUCUUCUGGUCAGAAUGAGGAAGAUAAGGCAGUACCGGCUGACAUGCUUUUAUUAGCUGGUAGUGCCAUUGUCAAUGAGGCCAUUCUCACAGGCGAGUCAACUCCACAAUGGAAGGUUUCAAUCAUGGGUAGGGGAAUUGAGGAUAAGUUGUCAGUUAGGCGUGAUAAAACUCAUGUUUUAUAUGGUGGCACUAAAUUGUUGCUACAUACUCCAGAUAAGACCUUUCCACUUAGAACCCCAGAUGGUGGCUGCCUGGCUGUUGUUCUGCGAACUGGCUUUGAGACAAGUCAAGGAAAGCUAAUGAGGACUAUUUUAUUCUCCACAGAGAGGGUUACGGCUAACAAUUGGGAAAGUGGGCUCUUCAUUCUUUUUUUGCUCAUAUUUGCAUUGGUUGCAGCUGCUUACGUACUUGUUAAGGGGCUGGAGGAUCCCACAAGAAGCAAGUACAAGCUUUUUCUAAGUUGUUCAUUUAUUAUUACUUCAGUGAUCCCCCCUGAGCUGCCAAUGGAAUUGUCAAUGGCUGUUAAUACAUCUCUGAUUGCUCUGGCACGACGUGGAAUAUUUUGUACAGAACCUUUUCGGAUUCCAUUUGCUGGAAAGGUAGACAUAUGUUGCUUUGAUAAAACUGGGACCCUCACAUCAGAUGACAUGGAGUUUUCUGGAGUGGUUGGUUUGAGUGGAAGUUUCGCUUUGGAAUCUGAUGUGACUAAGCUACCUGCCCGCACAUUGGAAAUUCUGGCUUCUUGUCAUGCAUUAGUGUUUCUGGACAAUAAGCUGGUUGGUGAUCCUCUUGAGAAGGCUGCACUUAAAGGAAUAGAUUGGAGUUAUAAAUCUGAUGAGAAGGCUGUCCCAAAAAAGGGGAAUGGCAAUGUUGUGCAGAUUGUUCAGAGACACCAUUUCGCAUCCCACUUAAAACGAAUGGCUGUUGUUGUCCGUAUUCAGGAAGAAUUUUUUGCUUUCGUGAAGGGUGCUCCGGAGACCAUCCAGGAACGGCUCAAGGAUUUGCCAUCAUCAUAUGUUGAGACCUACAAGAAAUAUACUCGUCAGGGGUCUCGUGUUCUGGCGCUUGCUUUUAAGUCCCUCCCUGACAUGAUGGUUAGUGAAGCUAGAAGCUUGGAUAGAGAUAUGGUGGAGAGUGGCCUUACUUUUGCUGGUUUUGCGGUAUUUAAUUGUCCUAUAAGAGCUGAUUCAGCCUCUAUUCUGUCAGAAUUAAAAAAUUCAUCACAUGACUUGGUGAUGAUCACUGGGGACCAAGCUUUGACAGCUUGCCAUGUUGCUAGCCAAGUGCACAUUGUAUCAAAACCAGCAUUGAUUCUUAAUUCAUCAAGGAAUGGUGAAGGUUAUGAGUGGGUAUCACCUGAUGAGACUGACAGGAUUCGCUACAGUGAUGAGGAGGUUGAGACUCUGUCUGAGACCCAUGAUCUCUGCAUCGGAGGUGACUGCUUUGAAAUGUUACAACAGACUUCUGCUGCUCUUCGAGUCAUUCCUUAUGCAAAGGUUUUUGCAAGAGUUGCACCUGAACAAAAAGAGCUAAUCAUGACAACUUUAAAAACCAUGGGAAGAAUGACACUGAUGUGUGGUGAUGGGACAAACGAUGUUGGAGCGCUAAAACAGGCCCACGUAGGAGUUGCUCUGCUGAAUGCAGUGCCACCUAGUCAAAGUGGAAACCCAUCAUCUCAGACAUCAAAAGGCGAGACUGCAAAGCCUGUCAAGUUGAAGAAAUCGAAACCUGCAUCAGAUUCCACCAGUCAUACUGCUGGUAAUCGCCACCUGACUGCUGUAGAGAUGAAACAACAGAAGCUAAAGAAGAUGAUGGAUGAGAUGAAUGAAGAGGCAGAUGGUCGCACAGCUCCUAUGGUCAAGCUUGGGGAUGCCUCGAUGGCAUCACCAUUCACUGCGAAGCAUGCAUCAGUCGCCCCCACUACAGAUAUAAUUCGUCAGGGUCGUAGUACUCUGGUGACUACUCUGCAGAUGUUCAAGAUUCUUGGCCUUAACUGCCUUGCUACUGCUUAUGUGCUGAGUGUUAUGUAUCUGGAUGGUGUCAAGCUUGGUGAUGUCCAGGCUACAAUAAAUGGUAUCUUUACAGCUGCGUUUUUCUUGUUUAUCUCUCAUGCUCGCCCUCUUCCCACCCUCUCAGCUGAGCGGCCGCACCCCAACAUUUUCUGCGCCUUUGUCUUACUUUCUCUACUGGGGCAGUUUGCGAUCCACCUAUUUUUCUUGGCUUCAUCUGUAAAAGAGGCUGAGAAGUACAUGCCUGAUGAAUGUAUUGAGCCGGACUCAGAUUUUCAUCCCAACUUGGUGAAUACAGUUUCGUACAUGGUGAACAUGAUGAUUCAGGUAGCCACCUUUGCUGUGAACUACAUGGGCCAUCCUUUCAACCAGAGCAUCUCAGAAAACAAACCAUUCUUGUAUGCUCUCGUGGGUGCUGUAGGUUUCUUCACGGCUGUUACAUCUGAUCUAUUCAGGGACCUGAAUGACUACUUAAAAUUGGUGCCUUUGCCACCGGCAUUCAGGAAUAAGUUACUGUUUUGGGCUCUUCUCAUGUUUCUGAGCUGCUACGCGUGGGAGAGAUUUUUGAGAUGGGCAUUCCCUGGGAAAAUUCCAGAUUGGAAGAAACGACAACGUCUGGCUGCUACUAAUUUGGAAAAGAAACGGAUCUGAUGUCAAUGUGUCAUACGACGUGGAUAGGUGUUUCGGCUGCAGAUAAAUACAGACAUUGUUGAUGGCAUAAGCUAGGACGAAAAGCAGAAAACUUCGAUUGUAUUUGUAAAUUACAAUGUUCCCUCCCUUUGGGUGGUGGGAAUUUUUGUCCAACUCCAUCUAGAAAGGAUUUUUUUCUCUCUCAUUGAUUAUUCUAUCUAAGCACCUGUAGUAUGGUGCUAUUGACAUUGGAUCCUGAGGCAUGGAACUUGGUUCAACCUUCAAACUGAAACUUUUAUUUGAACGACUCUGGAUUUUGGAAUUACAGAUUGUCAUUGUUACAGAUUGAUACGAAGUUUGCAGUCAUUUUUUCCCCUCU